AUGCCUGUAACAAACAAAACGAAACGAGGAAAAGACACUUCGGUACAAGGGACCAAUGACAGCAGUGUGGUGAGCAAAGUGUCAGCUGCUGCCCAGGGAUACUUCCAAGAUAUGUACCAGCAGCACUUUGUGUGCAAAGUAUCAAGAAGAGCACCACUCAUCAACAGGGGUUACUAUGUUCGCUGGAAAGCUGUGGACCACUGCAUUAAAAGAUUUAUUGAUGUAACUUCAAAUAUUCCAAAAAGACAGAUUUUGUCUGUGGGAGCAGGAUUUGACUCGUUGUAUUUCAGGCUACAUUCAUCUGGAGUCCUCACAGAUGCUGUAGUGUUUGAGGUGGAUUUUCCAGAGGUUGCCAGGCGUAAAUCUGCAUUGAUAAACUCAAAUGUGACUCUGAGGGAAAGGCUUGAUUCUAACUGUAAAUGUGUAACAGAGCCUUUGUACUUCUCCAGCUCACAGUAUUUACUGCUUGGUGUGGAUGUGAGAGAGCUUCUCCAAAUGGAAAAGGCCCUGAAUUUAGCUGGUUUUGACCGGACAGCGCCAACAUUGAUUUUAUCAGAAGUGGUGCUUACAUAUAUGGAAGUAAACUGGUCUGACUCAGUAAUUAGAUGGGCAGCUGAUCUUCUACCUGAUUCAUUAUUUGUAAUUUAUGAACAAAUACAUCCGUUUGAUCCAUUUGGACAAAUCAUGCAAGAGCAUUUUAAAAAUCUGAAUUCAACUCUCUAUGCCUUGAAAAAGUACCCUGAUGUUGAAGCACAGAGAUGCAGGUUCCUUGAUAAUGGCUGGGAGCAGUGUGUCUGUUUAGACAUGAAUAGUUUCUACAUUGGACUAGUUCCUGAGGCGGAAAAAUUGAAAAUUGAAAAUCUGGAGCCAUUUGAUGAACAUGAGGAAUGGCACCUGAAAUGUGCUCAUUACUUCAUUCUAACAGCAUCCCGAGGGUCUCUGACAGCACAUGAAAUACUGUCACAAGCCGAGUCACCUUUGACAAUUAGCAGUCCCUCUUGUAGCCCCAUCUUUCUACCCGUCAGAACAAUACCAGUUUCAACACAGGGGCUUGGAAUGGCAUCUACUUCUCUUCGUCCAAAUGUCCUACUUCUUACGGGAGGGUCCAGCAAAGCAGGAAGAGAAGCACAGAUUGGAAUACUACACAAAAGCAACGACUGUUGGAAAUGUAUCAAAGUGACAUCUGCAGAUAUGGGGAUCCGUUUGUAUCACACUGUGUCAACUAUUCCAGGAAAAUCUUGUGAAGAUGUUAACGUCAGUGUAGAGCAGGUGGUCUGUGAUGGGGGACAUGCAGUAUCAAGAUGGAGACACACUACCACUUUGGUCCAUCACAAAGAUAAAGAUUUUCUCUUUGUAUUUGGUGGUAAAAAUGGAAUGCAAGAGAUUUGUGGGAAUAGUAUUUUCAUGGAUUUAAGUCUGAAUCGCUGGACUGAGGAGCCAAUUGAAGGAACAGCACCAGAAGUCAGAUUUUCCCAUUCAGCAUGUCCUUACCAGGGAGGGGCAGUUAUAUUUGGAGGCCUCGGGCGAAGAGGAGUUCCACUUGGUGAUACAACACUGUUAAAACCAACCAGUAGUGGCUUUUGUUGGCAGAGACUUGAUAUAAAACCCACACCCAUCGCUAGGUACUCCCACACUGCACAUGUGAUCGGAGACAAACUACUUGUGGUUGGUGGCGUGUGGCUGUGUUCCCAUGUCCCAGGUGUGGCUGUGGUCGACCUCAACACACAGAGCAGCAUUGAGUAUCGCCUUGAUGUGACUUCCAUCCCCUGGCCUCUGAUGCUCCACUCAUUCUGCUCUGAGUUGUCAGACUCAAAAGAAGAGUUAUUGUUGAUAGGAGGUGGUGGAAACUGUUUUUCUUUUGGGACUCAUUUAAACCCACAUCCUGUUGUUGUGGACCUCAGACUGAUUGACUGCUUGGAUACAAAACAGGCCUGUCUACUUUAG